UGUUCCAAACGGAACAAACGUACUAAAAAAAAAAAAAAUUUAAUUAAUGUGGUUAUAACAUUUUGUAACGUUUAUUUUUUCUUUAUUCAAUAAAAGUGUAUUCUUACAUUCUUUAAGUGUAAUUUUGUCAAGAUGAAUAUUGGUCCAAAUGUUUUUUCUAGUGCUAGUCGAACUACUUUGGAGAAAAAUGUUAAAACCUUCGUUCUUCCUGAUAAAUGUUUUGAAAAUCGCGUCGCAUGUACUUGGCGAUGUGGAAAUAAGUUUACUAUAUACCCACGAAGCCAAACUGUCAGUAAAACACCGGUGGACACAACUGGUGACAGAAUCGUUAACAUUUGUCAAGAUAUUUUGUUAUUUACUCCAAUUUUGAGGAAACUAGUGAACGAGUCCAAUGGCACCUACCUAUCCCUACAGAAAGCGGCCGAAACCGCGAAAACUUCAGACAAUCAAGUCGAAUUUCUGAAACUCUCCCGCCAAUAUCGAUCUAUCAUAAGAGUAUGUAUUGAAAGCCUUCAGGAGGCAGCUGCGAAGGAAUCUGACGGGAUUGAAAAAAACUCCCUUAUGUCAUACAUUACAAUUUUCUAUUCAAUAGAGUGUAUAUGGCAUUUAUGUGAAAUUUUAUAUGUGGAUAGCAUACCUGGUGAUAUAGUGUUACCAUUUUUGCUCGAAUGGAUACGGUUCCACUUCCCCUGCCAUGAACAGGUGGCUGCGCAGGUGCUGGAGGCCUGCGAGCAAGGCUCCGAGGACCAUCCACAGUACUGGGACACAGUUAUUGGUAUGAUCGUACAAGGAAGGGUGGAUGUAGCGAGAGCUCUGCUUAAACUUCAUUCCUUAGCAGACAUUAAUGAGUUUAAAUUAGUAGACAACGCCUUGAGAACUAUGCCUGUUUAUAGUGUUUAUGGUGGUAUAUCAACUGGAGAAUUCACCAUAACAUGGAAACACUGGCAGGCUGAAUGUCGUUCUAAACUCUCUGGCCGUAGCCUGGCAUCACAACCUAAGCUCGAGCUUAUAAUGAGGUUGAUAAUCGGCGAGUACUCGGCGUUCGAAUCGAUCCGCGACAAUUACGUGUCGUGGUUCGACCUGCUGGGCGGCUGGGUGCUGUACACGGCGCCGUGGACGCGGCGGCGCGAGCUGGGCGCGGCGGCGGCCGCGUGCGCCGCCCUGCGCUCGGCGCAGCCGCCGGCCGCGCGCCGCCUGCUCGACCACCUGGUGCGGGCGCUGCUCGACGGGGAUUUGCAUCAGGUUAUACAUGAAAUCCAACAGAUAUCGGACAAUGGUUGGUUCGCGACACAUCUCACAGACAUCCUGUACCAAUGUGGCAAGUUGAAGAUAUUUGACAAACACCAAACCAAUGUAACAGCUCGACUCAGAGACAGUCUCGUAUUAGAAUAUGGCUGUUUGCUAAUGGAGCACAAGUCACUGUGGUCAGUGGGGCUGUCGUACCUGGCCACCUGUCCACCGGAAGGUCUGCGUCGCGCCGAAUUAAUGCUGGAGCGAGUGCCCGUGCACACUAAUGCUAAAGCACUGAGGGUGAUUGCUGAGGCCAAGAAAUAUGGACUCUCUGGAGUUGUGCAGAGCGUGUGCCGGGCGGCUGGCGCGCGGCGGCUGGCGGCGGGCCGGGCGGGCGCGGCGCUGGGCUGGGCGCUGCGCGGCCGCUGCGGCCGGCUGUGCGCGCGCGCCGCCGACGCCGCGCUGCGCGGCUACUGCGGCUACAGCGGCUACAGCGGCGGCCGCCCGCUGCCCGCGCGCGACCUGCUGCUGUCCGCCGGGCCCGAGCUGCUGCGCGCCGACCGCCUGCUGUUCCUGGGAAAAUACUGUGACUUCCAUCGAUUGUAUAAAAAUAGGGAGUUCAAGAAGGCCGCCAAACUUCUAGUAUCGUUAAUAACAUCGAAAAUUGCACCCGAAUAUUUCUGGGAAACCCUCCUUCUAGACACACUACCACUUCUGGAGUCAGAGGAGGCGGUGUUCUCCUCGUCGGACACGUUCGAGAUCAUGCUGUGUUUAGAGUUGAGAUCGAAGGAGCUCACAGGAGAGAAGGCGGACUUACUACGCUUGGCCCUCGCCAGGAAUCUAGCGCGGACGUGUUUGGAAGAUGUCGAGGAUGAAUGAUGAUAAUCCAAGUGUAUAAAGACUUAUUUUUAUACAAUAGUGUGUUGAAGUGCAGUGCAAAGUGCUAAUGAAUAUAUAAUUUUGAUAACCAGAGGGAGACUUUGCACGAAAGUCGUUUGCUUGGGUACCUCUGUCGCAUUCGUGUUUCUACCGUGAAGCAGUUGUGUUUGCAUGGCUGUGUUUCGGUUUGAAGGGUGGGAUAUGGCGUGAAUUUACAGGGUACAGAGGAAUAACACCUGAGUCCUCAGGAAUGGCAACGCAUGGGGGUAUCAUGGGCGAAACAGUAUACUCUGUUAUGUCCAUGGUAUUGCUCAUGUCUGUAGGCGACGGUUACCACUUUCCAUCAGGUAGGCCGUCAGCUUGUUUGCCAUUCUAAGUUGUAUAAAAAAAAAACUUCACUAUAGAAACAUUUUGUUAAUGAAUAGAAUUUUGUAACUCGAAUAUUUGGAGUUUUUUUUAUGGAUGAUAAUGGAAUGAUAACCCCACCCGCGCUAUCGGUAUACACCGGCGGGGCACCAGUAAACGAUGAUAGGUGGGGAUGAAGCAGGUCAAUUAGUCCAUCGUGACGAAUUCAACAAGAAUUGUUCACGAUGGUUUCCAGGGGGAACCACGUGGAGGUCCACCUAAUAAGGCAUAUUGCUAGCAAUGGGGCUGUCAAACUCCAUUACUAACAAUCCCAUUCCCCCCGAAUAUUUGGAGUUGGGGUUACCAUCCAUUCAGUGUUUUGGACUUUCGGUAUUCUCUCCGGGCUGUGUCCGAAUUUUUUACUUUAAUAAACUUAUUUUGAUUAUUGGUAGUUUUAAAUUACUUAGAAAAAAAAGUUACUAUAUUUUCUAAAUAACUCACGGUUGAAUGGUAGAAAAUGACCGAGGUGUUAAGGUUUCUCAAACGAACUUACUUUUAUGUAAUUAUGUGGUUUAAUGUUAUGUAAACUAAAUGAAACUAGUAAACCGUAUUCAAUUUCUUGUUUAAACGUAAUCUCUGUAUUAUUUUCUAAAAUAUCAAGCUUUUGUUGGUAUCUUUUGCGAUGUUUUAACAUGAAUUGGUCAGAUCUGAAGUGUGUGCAGUUUAGAACAAAUAUUGGACGAAAUAAAAUUAAUAAAUACCUGU